UAUUCGCCUUGAGUACGCUCUCCGUUGGAUAUUUGUUAUUUAUUUGUAAGAAAACACCGCUAUGUAUUUGUAGAAAUAAAGCUUAAUUUUAUGGAAUCAAGGCACUUCCUGGGCAUAUUUACUUUGAUAUCAUAAUUUCCAAAUAUUGUCAAAUUUAAAUGGAUUCAGUGAAGAUAUGUCGUGCUUGUCUGGCGACAGAAGAUCGAGUUCAUCUAUUAGAUUGGCGACAGCCUAUUGAUUCCUUGGAAUACGUUUUGUCAUACAAAGAGUGUUUUUGUAAAUGCACACAAAUCAAUCUCAGUUUUAAAGAUGACGGAAUCGAAUGUGAUGAAGCCCGAACGCAAUACCUGUGCCUUUACUGCACCCAGAAGCUCAAAGACGCUUAUGAUUUCAUUGAAAAAGCGAGGAGAGCCGAUAAUGAAUUACGUUGCGCAAAGGCCGAGAAAGUUGAAUUGGAGAGCAUCGAAAGCAAUUUUGAAUGGGUUCCAGUAGAAGUGAAGCUAAUGGAAACUAAUAAGCCAGUGGAGAAGGACUGCAAGGAAGAUAUAAAGGAGACAAAUGUGUGGAACGAACGCUUUAUAGAGGAUGCUAGAAUAGAUAUGUCAAACAACAUCAAACGCGAAGAAAAUAUGGACGAAAAAUUGGCAAACGAACCGUAUGAGCAUUGUAUGGACGAAGCUACGGUAGUUUUAUCAAAUGAGAGUGAUCACCAUAACUCUGCUCCCACAUAUUCGUGGAAUGAGAACUCAAUGGACGGUAAUGGAAUAGGUAUUUCAGAUGACUUCGAACAUGGGGACAACAUUGAUAAAAAAUUGGCAAAUGAAUCGGAUGAGUAUUGCAUGGAAGAAGUUGGGAAGCUGAAUGAAGACGAACGCAAAAAUUUGAAAAAUUUAAAGAAAAGAGGCAAAGUGAAAAAUAAGUCCGAUCGUUCUAGGAAACAUUUCACAAGAUUGGACGAGCUUGUCAAUUGCGACGAAUGUCAGAAAACCAUGACGAGAAAAGCUUUGGGAAAACAUAAGCCCCUUCACAAGCCCAAAAUUUUUCUUUGCCAAACCUGUUCCAAAACAUUUAGUGAAGCAAGUGGUCUAAAAAAUCACGAACUUAUCCACAGAGAAAAUCGGGAGAGAUAUCCGUGUGACAAAUGUAAUCAAACAUUCUUAUCAAGGUAUUCAUACAAAAAACACAUUCAGACGCACGAAAGCAACCAGAAACCGAUAUAUCAAUGCACUCAGUGCGAAAAAUCAUUUCUUCAUAAAAACGGUCUAACAAUUCACGAACUUCAUCACUAA